GGGAAAAUCGUCUAGGGCACACAAGUGCAUAGAGAAAGAAAGAGAGAAUCGUGUUUCCGUCAAACAAACACUGAUUCAACGAUGGACGCCAAUGGCAAUUGGGAAGAGGACGAUGACGAGGAGUUCGAGUUCUCACGGAACUAUUUUCUGGCCAAGGAACUCGCCUCCUCCUCCGCCAAGAAAUCGAAACACAAGCUCACCGACAUCGAUGUCGUUGAUGAACAGGAAUUGAGGGAUGCCGCGUCGAAAAUUGAACCCAAUCAUGAAUACGAGAUCACUCUCUUGUUGGAUUCGUACAAAACCAUGUAUCCUGAAUGGAUUUUUGCGCUAAGGUGCGGUUUUGGGCUUCUGAUGUAUGGAUUUGGAUCAAAGAAGGCUCUGAUUGAAGAUUUUGCUUCAACAGAGCUGACAGAGUAUUCUGUAGUUGUCAUUAAUGGAUAUCUUCAAACCAUUAACUUGAAACAGGUUGUUAUAGCCUUAGCUGAAGUUCUGUGGGACCAAAUGAAAGCUAAACAAAGGGUUUCCCACCGGGACUUACCCAAGAGCCAGCAGCCAUCCAAUUCUCAAUCCAUGGACGAUCUUCUUACAUUUUUGGAUCAAGCAGAAAUAGAGGAUGGUGAUUUUUUUGUUUGUGUUGUUAUUCACAAUAUUGAUGGACCUGGAUUAAGGGACUCUGAAACCCAACGAUAUCUUGCUCGACUAGCUGCUUGUGCCCGGAUUCGUGUUGUUGCCUCUAUUGACCAUGUUAAUGCUCCUCUGUUUUGGGACAAGAAUAUGGCUCAUACACAGUUCAAUUGGUGCUGGUAUCACGUUCCUACUUUUGCUCCUUACAAGGUGGAAGGCAUGUUUUAUCCUAUGAUUCUUGCACAUGGUAGCGCCAGCCAAACUGUCAAAACAGCUACUAUAGUUUUGUUAAGUUUGACACGCAAUGCUCAGAGUGUAUUCAAAAUUCUUGCAGAACAUCAACUCUCUCACCCUGACGAAGGAAUGCCAAUCAGUGAUCUCUACUCAGUCUGUCGAGAACGUUUCCUUGUUAGCAGUCAGAUUACACUGAAUUCCCAUUUGACUGAAUUUAAAGACCAUGAACUGGUCAAGAUUAAGAAGCAUUCUGAUGGUCAAGAUUGUUUGCACAUCCCUCUGACAGCAGAAGCACUUCAGAAAGUUGUGCUCGAGAUCAAUUAGUAGAUUCAAAAUUGGAUGAUAAGCAGGCACUGUUUAUUGAAUGAAAAUCCAAUUAUUUGAAGCUCGUUCUUGAUGGGAACCUAAUCUUUGAGUUUACAAACUAGUUUUAUGAAGAAAUUUAUAAUCAUUUAGGUUAGCCCCCCACCCCCCCAACUGAGGUAUUGUUUGAUAAAAGGCAUAAAAGCAAGUCAAUCUGCCACCUUCUAAGUGAAGUCAUAGGUCGGGUUGUUUGCGGUCAUGAAAUCUGUCAAGCAAACAACCCAUUGGACAGUGUGUCUUUAUCGUCCAUUUGCAUUGAUUGUGUACCAUUUGAUAAUUUUUCCAAUUGAGAUGCGUGCAUGUGGUAUGAAAAAUGAAAAGACAAAUGAUUUUUCUUCCA